AUGACCCAUGUGACAAGUUUGGUUCGCUUUGGCCCAAAUUAUUUCUUCAGCUACAGUAUAAUCAAUGGCAAAAGUAAACAGUAUUAUCAUAGAUUCAGUUACUGCCUUCCUCUAUUUUUGUACCGCCAGGCCGUCGUUUUAGCUGACUUCAAGCAUAUCAAGAAAAUACAAAGCUUAUCUCAGAGUGAUGGCAAGGCGCUCCUAACCUUAGCCAUAGAGGGGGCCAAACAUGAUCUGUCCAUCAAUGUGGCCACGCUACCAAUGGCCGAGAACAUGAUCGAUCUCAUCGAUGGGUAUUGCCGCUUGGAAACCGGCACAGAUGAGUCUGUUAUUUACCGCCCAAAUAAAGAUGCCAACACCAGAAAUUCUCUCCCCGAGAUUCCCACAGAGAGAGAAAACACCUCGUUCAGAUACAGUAUGGGGUCUGAUAUCUACUGUGAAGUCAAUUUCCGCAUCACGGCUAUGGCGUUUAGCAUUAACCUUAAGCAUUACCCUCUGCCGCCGAAACCCUUCCGUCAGGCCUCCCACACUUAG